UAGGUUAAAUAGCAUUGGGUCAAAUAGCAUUCGGCGAAAUAACUUUCUACCAAAUGACCGGACACUCUUAUAUCCCGUAUAAUGAAGUCCUUUUAACGAACCAAUUUCGUAUUCAAUCAAGAAAGGACAAGGUUGAAAAUCCCUGAUGUAAAUGUUACUAUAUAAAGAAACCCUGAAAACAAUUCAACGAAGGCUGCACGAUGUUUCUAAUUCAGUUAGUACUCUUAGCAAAGAUGUUAUACUCAAUCGAAACCGUUGACAUUGAUGCAGUGGUAGAUUUCCUGAAAAUGAAAUAUUCUAAAAGUGUCGUAUUUUUUCUAUGUGAUAUCAACGAAAGUAUGAAUUGAUAUUUGAAAAUAGCAGAAAGAUAAAAAAUAUGUUCCAAUUGCAGUGUCUAGAAUAUACACGAAGAUAAAUCAUGAAAAUGUGUCUGUUAGAGUGGUGCAAAUCAAUAAAGGAUCCGUAAUAUUUCCACCUAACAUACUACCUUAUUCGAGUUACAGCAGAACAACAUGCGUUUUCGAUUACAGCUGUGAUGAAUCGUUAUCGAUAUUGCAAAAUGUAAACCAUGUAACAACUCGGUCAAAUUCGUAUAUAAUUGCAGUGUUUUGGCAGUUUUCAGAUCUACACUACUUUAACAUAACUUACAACUGGCUAUUCCUGGCUGAGAACGACACAACAGUGGAUGCAAAUAUCGUUCUCUGGAAGUUAAAAUCUAUUCAAAUGAACACAGAUCUCACUAUACUGGAAAAUGUUUCAAAUUCCACCGAGAAGAGUUAUGCUUUGGUCGAUGUCUACGCGAAGGGUCGACACUUGUGCAAGGAUAUUUACCAGCACAAGUAUGGGGUGUGGAGUAGUAGCAAAGGAAUUACAAUGGUACCUGGUUAUAGCAGGUACUACGUGAGAUAUAAUUUCGAUGGGCUUCAAUUGCGUGGAGUGAUAGUGAUUGACAGAGACAAUGUCACUUCAAAGGACGUUGAUAGUAUACUAGAAGCUCCAGGUAGUAUACAAGGGGUAGUGCUAUUUGUGAAAUAUCAUUAUGCGUUGUUGUGUAUACUACGUGAUUAUCACAAUUUCAGGAUUAAAUAUCGUGUUGCUAGGGGCUGGGCAGGAAGACUGAAAUCUGGCUAUCGACUAGGUUUACUAGGAAUUUUAGCACGAAACGAAGCAGAUGUAGCAGCAACGGCCGUAUUCCAGCGAACAAAUCGUCAUGCCGAAUUCGAUGUUAUUCAUCUAAGUUGGGAAUUUUCGGCAGGCUUUAUUUACCGCAUGACACCCCAGCUAAGUGAUGCAUCCGGUGGGGGUAACUUUUUCAUUCCUUUCGAUGACAACGUUUGGAUUGCAUCUGCUGUUACGAUACUAGUUUUAAUUAUCGUUUUGAAGCUUAGUAGUUUAAUAUUUUCCAGAAUAUUUCGCAGCGAUCCGCUUAUUUCAGUAGUAACUUACUUCCUGGACGCCGUGGCCUGCAUAGCUCAACAGGGUCUAUCAAGUGAAGUAUCUCAUAGAAUACCGAUCAGAGUCAUUUUACUCUCGUUGCUUGCUUUAAAUCUGGUUCUGUACAACUACUACACCUCAGCAGUGGUUGGAGGAUUACUCAGUUCUCCUGGUAAAGGUCCACAAACCAUAAAAGAAAUCAUUGAAAGUCCACUGACGCUAUCGUUUCUAGAUAUUGGGUAUCACAAAAUCCUGUUUCGCGAAACCAAAAAACCCAUAAUCCAAGAGCUGUACCAGAAGAAGUUGCAGCCGUCGCGUGUAGGUCUCAAUACCAUUCCAGUAUACACAGAUGUAUCAACGGCAGUACCAUACCUGAAGAAAGGAGGAUAUGCGUUUCAUUGUGAAAUGACAGAGGCGUUCGAGACUAUUGCGGAUCAGUUUGAUGCUAUUGAAAUUUGCGAAUUGAGAACGGCUGCUGGAUUAUUUGCUGACCUUAACUUGUUGAGCUUCGUGGUUCCAAAAAGAAGUAUGUACACGGAAUUAUUUAAAAUAACAAUGAUGAGAGCACAAGAGGUCGGCCUGGUGAAAAAAAAAUUGAAAACGUUCAAAAUCGAAAAACCUAUCUGUCAAGCUGGAAGCCGAGUUAAUCCAGUAGAACUGUCAGGAGUUUUAUUGGCGUUUGCUAUUUUGUUCGGUGGGAUAAUUUUAGCCAUCAUUUUGCUAUUGAUGGAAAGGAUCUCUUGUAAGCGGAAAGCUAAUAAAGAAAUUCAUUUCUAUAUCAAUUGAACGAUUUUCCGCAAUUCGCGGUUUUUAACAAGAUGUGAGACAGUUUUUAAACAUAGAGAUUUCGAUUAAGGAUGAGCAGUGCAGUAAAAAAAUGCACAAUCCUAUUGCUCUUUAUAAGUAUUAAAUA